AUGGAUUUCACAUCUUCAUUCCAAGGCAUCGACAGCGAACUAAGGGGAGCCCGGAGCUUGCUGCCAAAAGUGGUUUCCGAGUUGGGUGGAUCUAAAGCAUUUAUCAUCACCGGAAGGUCGUUGAACGAGAAAACGCCUGUUAUCAAAGAGCUAGAGAGCCUUCUGGCGGACUCGCAUGCGGGUACGUAUGCUGGAGUCCGCCAACAUGUGCCCGUUGCAGAUAUUGACUGCGCGAUUCAGCAUAUGAACAAGUCUGCUGCAAAUAUCAUUGUAGCAGUCGGGGGAGGAUCACCUAUAGAUGCCGCAAAGGCCGUUGCGUAUCACAUACAUAAACAGACUGAAAAAUGGACGCCAAUCGUGGCCCUACCAACGACUUUGAGUGUGGCUGAAAAUACAUUGGGAGCAGGAUAUACCAAUCAUGAAGGGCUUAAAGUUGGAAUUUUCCACCCUGAAAUGGCUCCAAAGGCCAUCAUAUACGAUGCCGAAAUAACUCUACAUACUCCAGCACGAUUAUGGCUAAGCUCUGCUGUUCGUGCAAUUGAUCAUGCAGUCGAGCUCCAGUAUCACCCUCAAGCGGCCGAAGUGCCUACAAAAAGACUAUGUCGAACUGCUAUCCGCGAGAUAUUCAGCCUUCUUCCGUUAUGCAAGAAAGACCCUGAAAACCCAAAAAUUCGCCAGGAAUUACAAAUAGCGGCAUAUUCUGCCUUACCUCCGUUUUACUUUACUGCAGCAAUAGGACUAAGUCAUACAAUUGGUCAUGUUAUAGGGGCUACAUAUGCAAUUCCACACGGCAUCACAUCUUGUAUAUCGUUAGCUAAAACUAUACACUUCAAGGCCGCGAGGAAUCCAGAGGAAGCACAUCAGAUUGCAAAGAUACUGCCGUACAUUGGUCAUGCUUGUUCUGGCGAUGAUGCAAAGGAUGCCAAUGCCGUGGGAGAUGCCAUUGCUAAAUUGGUAGAAGGGCUGGAACUGAAAUCUACAUUGUCUGAGUUUUCCGUAAAGCCCAGUGAGGCUGACACAAUUGCGUUGCGUGCACUGAAAGAGGAUAAAAAGGAUCCAAAUAUGCCAGCAUUAUUUGAACUUAUCCGAAGCCUCUAUUGA